AAAUGUGAUUGGACCCACAAAGCGAUGAUAAUGAACAUACAUUUCAAAGCAGAAUUAUCUGGAAGUGACAGGAUUAGAGCCAUUUUAGCUGCUAAACACAUUCAAACGACCUCGUUUUGAUCCUUUUGACCAACAACACAGAGCCUUGUAAGCACAUUUGUCUUGGAUUAAAAAAAAAAACUUGUUUUUCACUUCUUGGUUGGUAAUUAAUGUCUGAGGAGCAGUUUCUGACUUUGUGAUCAGUUACUUCCUUCUCCCGAUAGGCGAUAUCUACUAAACCAAAACUUCUUUUGCAAGGGAAAAAAGAAAGCAAAGCCAUUGUGUUGGAGAAGCCAAGCAAUUCUUUGCAGCGUUUGGUGUAAUUUCUUGCAAAUCUGUAGCCUUUUGUUGCAUCCCAAAGGACCCUCUAAGGCAAGAGUCUGAAAUCUUUGUUGGGAGAGAGAAUUUGCAUUUAUGGGCAUGCUGUUUUCAAUCAACUUGGCACUUGGGUGUGAUUUGGCUGUUGGAUUUUAUUACUCUCCUUCCAUAUUAGAAUUUGCGUGAAAUAAGUUUCACGUGUCUUCCUCGAGACCACAGCAUUGUUAAUAUUUGAGUUAAUGCUUUUCUGAAUUGUGAAGCUUAUGUGGUUGGUAUUUGGGUUCUGAAUUUUCGUGAACACGUUGGUUGUCUUGUUUGACUGUUGGCAGUUCUCAAGAAAGAGUCAGAGAGGAUUCUUUUAAUCUAUUGGGUCUUGCUCUGAGGAUCAAAUUCUAAUCGGCCUCUAACAACCAGAACCAAAUUUGUUCACUUCUACAAACAAUUAAGUGUGCCAUGGCCGAAAGUGGCAAGUGUUCUGCAAUGUCUGAAAUUGAUAUUACAGCCAUAAAAGAUACUCUUCAAACUCAACAACAACUUCUGCAAAAACUGUACAUUGAGUUGGAUGAGGAAAGAGAAGCCUCAUCUACCGCAGCUAGUGAAGCUCUAUCCAUGAUACUGCGUUUGCAAGGAGAGAAGGCUGCUGUACAGAUGGAAGCAAGUCAAUAUAAGAGACUAGCAGAGGAAAGGAUGUCUUACGUCGAGAACUCUCUUUCAGUAUUUGAAGAUGUUAUCAAUCAGAAAGAAAUGGAAAUUGCAUCUCUUGAGUUUCAAGUUCAGGCUCACAAGUGGAAACUUCUUAGCAUGGGUUGUGGUGAUUUGGGUGCCUAUGAAAGUAGAUUUCCAGAGCAUCCGUUUUUGCAAAGAAAUGAUUUAUGCAAGUUGGAAAUAGGUGCUAAUACCAUUGUACGAAGAUUGAACUCUCUGCCUCCAAUUCAACUCAAAGAUUCCUACCAGAAACAAAGUAAUUUGGAAAGAGAAAUAUCUGGAAUCCCCCUGUCGGAUUUUAUUCCAAAGAUAGUGAAACUAAAAGCAGACCAGGAAUUUAAUGUUCAAAACAUGGAUUUAGAGAAGAAAGCGGGAAACUAUGCUAGUGGAACCUAUGAUUCAUACUGGGAGCAGAUCAGAAAGUUAGAUGAACGAGUAAAAGAGGUAUCUGAUUGUAAAGGUUCUGGUAGAGAUAAUUCUGCAAGCUUGAAGAGUGAGUCCAUGACUUGUUCUUUAUUUCCACAAGUAAGCAUUGACAAAUUAUGUGACCAAACAAGUGUAGAAAGUAUUACUAAUCUGGAGCAAGUUAAACUUCACGAACAUAGACAGGAAAGUGAGGCAAUUGUUAAUUAUCCUUGCUCCUCAAGUGUCCAGGAUAUUCUUGAAGUCCCCCAAAAUAAUGAGAAACGUAAAGCGCAUGACUACCAGGAAGAAUGGAGUAAGUUGAUAUUGGAAGGUGAGAACAGGGUAGGAAAGCCAGAUUUGGUCUCUGAGGAUCCCUGUGCAUCAAAUAAUAAAGAUGAAACAGAAUGGACAAAGAAAAUGUUGCAUUGUGAAAACCAUGAUAAUAAAUUAAUUAAAGCAAGAAAUAGAGCAAGUGAUGACUGCAAUGUGUCUUGUUUUCCCUCAAGAAUGGGUGUUUCUGAAUCUCAAGCCAGUUUUCAACAGUUGUGUCAGAGAAUUGAGCGACUUGAGGGAGAUAGACAUUAUUUCAGGAAAGAAAUUAGUGAGGCUGGAGAAGAAGAAGGGUUGAAUUUGUUGAAGGAAAUACAUGAGCAACUUAAUAUGAUACAGACCGAGGUGAGAAGUUGGAGAACUAAGAAAUCCCCUCCACAAGAUGAGCAGCCUCUACUUUCUCUUACUGAGGCAAUGCUAUACUUUUGGAUUUAAGAAAUCGUAUGGCGACAUCUCAGAUGAAACCAUGAACUUCCGCACAUCAUUGCAGAUAUGCUCGGUGUGAAGUUUAAUUAAAGAGUAUCUUUGAUCUUUCCAAUGAACGGUGUGAACAAACUGUUUUAGGUUUUUGGAUUGGAUUUCAAUGUCUUUCAUACAAAGAAUAGAUGAUAAGAGAUUUGCAUACUGUUCAUUACAAUUACAUUAGGCAAUAAGUGGCUAUCACAGCAUGCUUUUGUGGACAUGUUUUGCUUCUAAACUUGGGAUAGAGGUUGUGAGUAACAUACAAAGGGUGUUUUCUUGGAGAGUGCUUUGUUUUUCCAAUAAGGAUACUGUGUUUUCCUUUUCAUAUCAAUGCAAAUAGGCAUGUUGUGCAUCACCAAAUGAAAUCUUUCCUCAAAUAUUAUGUUUAGUACCUAUUCGUUCAUAAAUCCUGAAUUGAAAGAAGUCAACAGACAUGCCUUGCAGUUCUUGAUAUAUCAACAUAUGCAUUGAAAACUUUAUUGUUUUUGUGUUCUAAUCCAAUCUUCUUAAUAAUGUGCAAAUCACCUCUUACUUAGCAA